AUGGACCACCACUGUCCAUGGAUAAAUAACUGCUGUGGCUUUGCUAACCAGAGGUCAUUCAUCCUGUUCCUGUUUUGGGCAGUGGUCGGUUCUUGCCACGCUUGUGUGGUUCUCGGCUGCAGUAUAUACCGCGCCUUGUUUCGGCCUUGGUAUCUGGCAUACGGUACAGGCAAAGAGCCGAUCGUCGAACUCGGUUUGCUGGGUCUGCUGCAUGCCAUUUUUAGCUUGGGCUUCGCGGCAGGCGUCGUUGUUGCCGUUGGAGUGUUGUUGAUUAUGCAGGUUAAGAACGUGUUUCACAAUCGAUCUGGCAUUGAGGAGUACAUUAUUUCAAAGGUAACGAAUUGGUCUGCUCAGAAAUAG